GUUCCGUGGUGUGUUCACAUACCUACUACGUCGUGCAUAUACCUGCCUACUACAUUGACAGAGCUAACCACUACUUUCUCUUUCUACGCAGGAAUCAUAUGUCAUCGGUGCCUACCUACAAGUGACCUGUGGCUCCCGAUUCGAGGGCACCGGUCUACCAGCGUCGGGCUUUUUUCGUCAAGAUGCCGUAUAAUACACCUACCUACUACUUCUAUGCAUGAAGAUAACCCCCCCACUAGCAGUAGGGUAUGGGCGAGAGACUCGGACGAGGAGAACGAAACCUCCUAUUCCCGAGUUAGGUCGCACGUCGUGCUGCCAUGCAGGGUCAUGCCACCCCAUAGCCAUAGGCGAUUAUAAAUACCUCGGGGACGAGUGCGUUAAUAUCGUCCUCAACAAGACGCAGGGAAAUAAGUCCCUCUCAGCGAAGCCAUCAAAGCAUUUUCGAGCCUACGGCAAUUUCUAGCUUCAUCAGCUAACCCUUAACCCGCGCCUCAUUGUUCUCUCCCGCAAAUCCCGACGCGAAGGAUAACGACAGUGUAGCGAUGUCGCACGAUCUGGAAAAUGAAGCUCAGUUUGAGGGAAGUAUACUCGGCUUCCUGUAUCGUCAAUGGACCCCCCGGAAGCAGAUUCCCAAGGGCACAAACCUCUCGGGGCAGACUGCCAUCGUGACGGGCUCCAAUUCCGGGCUUGGCCUCGAAGCCGCACGGCAACUGCUCCAGAUGGGCCUCGAAUGCUUAGUGAUGGGCGUUAGAUCCCAAGCUAGAGGUGACACUGCCGCAGGAUUGCUACGUGAGGAGUUUCCGGACUCGACCGUCUCGGUAUGGCUUCUAGACAUGGAGUCAUACGACUCGGUAACGUCAUUCGCAAGGAGAUGCGAAACACUUCCGAGGAUCGACAUCGUGCUCCUGAAUGCCGGUAUGCGGGGAGAUGCGUUCAGAGUCGUCGAGAUCACAGAGCACGAGCAGAGCUUCCAGGUCAAUUAUCUCUCGACGGCCCUAUUGACUAUCUUGCUGCUGCCGACGCUCAAGUCUAAGAGGCUGCAGUGGAACUCGCCGCCACCGCGUCUCUCCAUAGUCUCCUCGGAUACGGCACUGUGGGCCUCGCUCGAAACCAGUGGUCCAAUAUUUGCCCAAUUCGACAAGCCCGAAAGCUUCUAUCCGAUGCGGAACUACCAGAGAGGGAAACUCUUGCAGUUGUUCUUCACCGCCAAGCUCGCAGGGAGCGUCAGCGCCGAGGAUGUUAUAAUCAACGCGUCCAACCCGGGGUAUUGCAAGGGUACCGACUUCGAUAAAGGGCGAAAGUUCAGCGUGACGUUUAGUAUAUUGAUGGGGUUACUCAAACUAGCCACAGGGAGAACGGUGGAAGUCGGCGCCAGCACCCUCGUCGACGCGGUCGUCAUGCAUGAUAAGGCGAGCCACGGGAGCUAUGUUAGCGAUUGGGCCAUCCGACCGUUUCCUGAAAUGAUGUACAAGGAGGGAGCGCAGGACGUAAGCGAUAGGAUAUGGGAGGAAACGCUGGAGGAGCUCAACUUCGCCGGCGUUUCUCAAAUUGUUCGAGAUAUGCAGCGCUGAUGCGCCCAUAACUGGGAACAUAUCAGUAGGACCUCCACUCUCUCAAGUAUGAAUCUUCUGAAACCAAACAGGGCUUGCUAAUCGGAUGGCCGUUCCCGGACGGAUCGAACACAGAGAGCCUAGCUUGUUAGGUUAAGGUCUAAGCAACACGCAUGAGAGAGACGACGACGAUGAGUAUAUCUAUGAAUAGCGGCCGAUAUUAAUGACU